AGCAACUUAAUCAGUGUGUGACAAUGUCGUUGCAAACAAUCUUAUUUUUUUCCAGCUUCAUUUUCUAUGUUUCAUCGUACAACAUCGGUCAGUUAUUUAGCAAUACCGAAUUUAAUACUGCAAAUUUCGUUUUAUCAAUGGGAUAUCCGUUCGAAUCGUACGAAGUUGAAACUCCAGACAAUUACCUAAUAACACUGCAUCGCAUUCCUUACGGUAGAAGACGAAAAUCGUCGAUUAAGAGAACCCCCGUCUUAUUGAUGCACGUUCUGUUGGGCACUUCCGAGAAUUACAUGACAACAGGAGAAAAAUCUCUGGCAUUUAUGGCAGCUGAUGCCGGUUACGAUGUCUGGUUGCCGAACGCCCGUGGAUCGAUGCACUCGAGAAAACACAGGCACUUGGACGCUGAUAGGGACAAAUCCUUCUGGGAUUUCACCUGGCACGAAAUUGGCGUUUACGAUCUUCCAACUUCGAUAGAUUUUGUGCUGAACAAAACGGGCUACCAGAAGCUGCACUACUUGGGUCAUUCGCAAGGAGCAACAAGUUUCUUAGUUAUGGCCAGCGUAAAACCUGAAUACAAGGAAAAAAUUAACGUCUUCGUUGGAUUGGCACCUGCAGUGUUCUUUGACCACUUUCGACAUCCUCUCCUCAACAGUUCUUUACUUUCACAAAACCUUAUUUAUGAGCUUUUCAAGAUAAUAAACCAAUAUGAAAUGAUGAUCGACAAUGCUGGAAUAAGAUUUAUGGGCACAGCUUUGGCUACAAUUGCACCGAAAUUGUUUGCUUUCUUUUUGAAUAUGAUUGUUGGAGACUCUGACUUAAUGUGCAUGGAAUGUCUACCAAUUCUAGCAGCAACUGAGCCGGCGGGCUCUUCUUUAGGUCAAAUAAAACAUUUCUCACAAGCCUAUCAGUUAAAAUCAUUCAGACAAUUCGAUUAUGGGCCAAAUGAAAACAUGAUACUGUACAAUUCGACUUUACCUCCCCUUUAUGAUCUGGAAAAUAUGAAGGUGGCAACGUAUAUUUUUAGUAGCAAAACUGAUUUAUUUGCUUCAAUAGAUGAUGUGAAGAAAUUGGUCAGCAUUUUACCAAAUGUGGUAGAAUUCAAUAUUGUUCCUGCAGAAAAAUUUACACAUGUAGAUUAUAUAAUUGCGAAUGAUUUAGACAUAUUGGUGUUUAACAAAGUAUUGGAGAUUUUCAAGAAAUAUAGUUCAUAAAAACCAUUGGAGAUAAUGACAAUUUAUUGAUAACGGUGCAAUUUCUUUUAUGUGUAUAUAACAAUAGCAAUUUCCUUGAACUAAACAUGUACAUGUAUUAAAAGUAAUUAAUAUAUUAAAUUGUGAC